UUUGGAACAACUGGAAGGUGAGUAAAUGAUGACAAGAUUUUCAUUUUUGGAUGAACUAUCCCUCUAAAGUACAAAAAGGAACCUUUAAAGGCACAGUUCACCUUUCUUUCAUCAUUUACUCACCCUCAAGUUGCCAAUGGUAGUCAAAAGUGCCCCAGAACUGUUUGCUUUCCUACAACAGAACAAAGAAAUUUAUAAAGAAAUAACUGAUUUGGAACAACUCGAGGGUGAGUAAAUGAAGACAGAAUUUUCCAUUUUUGGGUGAACUGUUCUUUAAAUGGGGCUACCCCAGUGAUGGCUAUUGUACCUUUAGAGGUACCAAUUUGUACUUUUAUCUGAGUGUAGCAAACUAUAGUUAUUUCUAUACUAUAGUUCAGUGUUAUAAUGAUAAUCCUUAAUAUUUAUGUGGCCAUUUGUAAGUCUAUAUAGGUUUUAACCUACAGUCUGUUUCCAUUUUCCAGCAGAUGACCACAUAUUAAUAUGUAAAUAUAAGAGAACACGUGGCAAACCAAAUCGUAUGACAGAACCGAAGACAUAGAUAUGUCAAAUAAACCAAAGAUCCAUGUGUUUUUGGGCGCUCCAUGUCCUCAAACACUUGCUUUGGAUGUCCAGGGGAAAGAACUCACCCACUGGAGAACAAUAGACCUCACUUGGCGUGACGGCAAGUUAAUUCCCAAGGAUAGUGUUAAAGAGGCCCAAAGACGUGAUGAGUGUGGUGAGGUGGUUAACCAGGGCACCGAGGGGAGCACCAGACUGUACUCUGCUGUUGCUCCUGAGAGAGAACCUGUAGCACAAACCAACGAGGACAAAAGUAAAUCGCAGGGGUCUCCAUCAAAAGGACAAUGCAUAGAAGAAGAGGAGUUGUGUCCUGUAUCAGUGGCAGAAUAUCUGGAUAACUGCUUUUCUAGCUCGCAAACUGAUGUAAAUCCUGGACAGAGCAAUGAUGAAAGGUCAUCUGUAUCCAUGGAGACCGAGUUUAUGAGUACAUGGACAAAAUCUCAAGCCUUGCUCCUUCAGGGCAGAGCGGCCUCAUCUUAUACAUUGGGCUUUCCCGGAGACUUGUAUUCUCCCCAUACGCCUCCCAAACAAACACCCUCAACCUCCUUAAGUUCCCCAGAAUUGUACAGUCCUGCGACCAGCCCAGAAGAGAUGGGCUUGGGAGGAACCUUACAAAGCUCAGUGGAGUGGCAUUAUGACAGUCUAAGCCAAAUGCAUCAAGGAGGAGGGGUAAUUAUGGAAAUCACACCUGACGGCAUCCUCUGCUCUCAGGGAACUAAUGUAGGUCACGCUGAAAAACCUGUGGACCAUCAGGAGAUUGGAUUUAACGCUGACUCAGAUGCACAGAUCUCUCCUAGUCCCACUCCUUCUAAAAGGAUCAAGUUGUCUUCAACUGUAGCUAAAACCAAAGUAACAGAACAAAGCACAAUUAAUGCAGUGCGUCUCUGUGGUCCCACAACCCUUCUGGUUAGAUGUAAGACCCAUGGUGUACGGUAUGCUAUCUUGGUGGCUGUGGUGCAUCCAUGCCACUUGAAAGAGGUCAAAGUGAAAACAGGAGCUUCAGCUGGAUCCAGCAUUCCUUUGGCAACGAUCAUCGUCACAGACCAAUCAGAUGUAGAGAUGAAGGUAGUGCUAUGGCGGACAGCAGCUUUCUGGACUUUGACGGUAAAUCCAGGGGAUAUUCUGCUAAUAACAGAUGUGACAGUGCACAUGGAUAAGUGGAAGAAUGAGACUGUGCUGCAGUCAUCCUUUAAUAGUCAGCUUCUGAAUCUGGGCCAGAUCACAAGGGAACGCAUUCCACAAGCUCCACAGAACCUGAAUCCUCAUACUUUGAGAGAACUGUGUACGCACCUGUGUGAGAAGCGCCCCCUGUUGGUGUCUCUUCCUCCUCGCAAGCCCCAGGAUUUAAAUUCCAUCCCCUUCGUCCGCCUUGGAGCAUUAAAACCUGACACAUUGGUUCAUGCUCUGCUUAGAGUGAAACACAGUAAUUUAAUCACAUCCUGGCGAGAUGAGGUACAGGGUAUGUCCAGAGCAGGAGGUGUACUGAAGGCUGUUUUGACUGUGGAGCAGGGAGAUGGCUGCCUAGGAGCUGUUGUGCUUUGGGGAGCUGCUCUCUCUUGGCUGCAGCGAUUGGAAAGAAACAAAGAUGCUGUGUGGGAGUUCAGGAUGCUGCUAGUCAGACAGGAUGUGACCUCAGGUUUGCUUGAGCUGCAUUCCACUCCGUGGGGAACCUGUCAGCCUCUCUUUGCUGAUGAUAAUAGAUGCAAAGAGUUUUACAGCACUGCAUGUUUAGAGAGAACUAGCAGCAGCUUUGAGAUUGAUCUCAACACACUUCUGUCCCAGAAAUUCUCAGUUCCAAAGCAGUCCAUCACAGGAAGCUUCGGUGAUAAUAGAUGGAAACACGCCGUUGGAAAGGAUCCUAGACAUAGUUUCUGGUGACAUCACUUUUAGUGGAUGUGGCAAGUGCUCUGCAGAGCUAGACACGGAUGAGAAUGGCAUCUACAGGCCCUGUUACCCCUGCCUGCCACACACAGGAGUGCGUCGAUA